CUAAAUCUCGACGCGUAUCUAGACCCGUCCAUCACUUGGUCCAUCCCAGACGCUUGCAGAUUCGAUUCUCUGCGCCUCCUCGACCGAAUCGCUGUACGGAUCGAUACUAACGAGAAAAAUCUCAAUAAAGAGGGAAAUUUACAACGGGAAUUCCAGAUUAGUGUCUUGAGAGCGAUGCAACUGGGGUAUGUGGAGGUAGUACAGUGGUUAGUUCGACGAUAUCCCGAAGGUCAAGUACCGUCGAAUGCUGUUGCUGAGGCUGCCAAGAACGGCCAUUUAUUGGUCCUGCAAUGGCUGUUUAACCACCACGACUACGUGUAUUGGGGAGGAGACGAGAUGUAUUACGCCGUGGCGAACAAUCAUCUGGAUGUAGCCAUGUUCUUGCAUGAACACACAGCUCCUCCUCCCGACGACAUGUUCCUGAUUGACGAAGCUGCUCGUCACGGAGAUCUCGAGAUGAUGCAAUGGCUACAUAGUGAACGUGGAGACCAUUUGACGUACGAAGGCGUGAUGCGAGCUGUGGAUCAUGGAUUCUUGGUUGCGGUCAAGUGGAUGAUGGAUACAUUCCCAGACUCUGUGGUGAUCAAAGAUAUUCGCAUGGACAACGCAGCAGCGAAUGGCCAUUUAGAGAUGAUCAAAUGGCUACAUCAGCACCAAGCAUGGCUGCACGACCGACGCGAUGGACUUGGCAGCAAGUAA